AUGACUUCACCUAAUAUUGCUAUUCCUAAAGAAGAUGACAAAGGAAGACUAUUAGAAGCUAGUUAUGUUCAAGAUGUUUAUGAAAAUAUUGCAGAACACUUUGACAAGACAAGGUAUUCUCAAUGGAAAGCAGUAAAUGAAUUUUUAAGUUCUCUUCAACCUUACUCACUUGUUUAUGAUAUUGGUUGUGGAAAUGGAAAAUAUCUUAUUAGAGAGGAUAAUCUUAUUAAAAUUGGUAGUGAUUUAUGUUUUAAUCUCUGUCAAAUUGCCAGUAAUAAGGGAUGUCAAGUUUUACAAGCAGACAUCUUAAAGCUUCCCUUUUUAUCAGAAUCAGCAGAUGCCGUUAUAUCCAUUGCCGUAAUUCAUCAUCUAUCAACUAAUACCCGUAGACAAGAAGCUGUAAGACAAAUAGCUAAAAUUUUAAAAGUAGGUGGAAGAGGAUGCAUAACAGUGUGGGCUAUGAAUCAAAAAGGUUCAAGAUAUGAAAUUAUGCGGUCAAAUAAAAUUGAUGAAGAAAUAAUAGACAAUAAAGAAGAUGAAAGUGAUGACAUUUUACGUAUUCAUAGUGGUAAACAAUUUAAACAACAAGAUAUGUUAGUUCCUUGGAAAAAAGAUGGAGAUAACCAAUUUUUAAGAUAUUACCAUGUGUUUGUUGAAAAUGAGUUAGAAAAUCUUAUACAUUCUGUUGAAGGUUUAAAAGUUCAAGAAUGUAUACUAGAACAAGGAAAUUGGAUAGUUAUUUUUGAAAAAGUUUUUUAA